AUGGCUAGUUUUUCAAGGUCCUUGUGUUUUUCACUUGUCCUUUUUAUCAUCUUCUUGAGCUUCUCAGAAGCCAGAGACCACUUGAUCGGUGGCAAAUCCGAUGCGUGGAAAGUCCCUUCUUCUGAAUCUGAUUCUCUCAAUCACUGGGCAGAAAAAACUCGAUUCCAAGUCGGCGAUUCUUUAGCGUGGAAAUUUGAUGGGUCCAAGGAUUCAGUGCUGCAAGUGGCCAGAGGAGACUACGUUACAUGUAACAUAUCGAGUCCAAUUGAAACUUACACCGAUGGCAAUACGAAGGUGAAGCUCGAGCGGUCGGGGCCGUACUACUUCAUUAGUGGAGCGAAGGGGCACUGCGAGAAGGGUCAAAAGGUGAUUGUGGUGGUGAUGUCUGAGAAGCACCGCCGCUUCAUUGGAGUUUCUCCGUCGCCUUCUCCAGCAGAGGUUGAGGGUCCGGCGGUUGCUCCCACAAGCAAUGCUGCAAACUUGAAGGGGAGCUUUUUGGUGGCACUGGGAGUUCUUGUGGGAUUUCUUCUGAUGUGA